AUGCAGCAGGAUCAUAAUGAGCAGCAGGUUGGUGGACAUUGCCCUGAAACAUACGGUACAAAACAACUCGGAGCAUCUAUGAAUGUUGGAGAGCAGCAUCCUCUCAGAGAGACGUUUGUCAUGGAUUACAAGCUUACCUUCGAGUGCCCUUGGCGCGAUGCAAAAUCUUCUCCAUCGUAUUCAACGAUUUUCAGCUAUACCGCUACCUGCGCAGUAGUUCACACGUUCUCCAAUAAGGUCGAUGUCCUUGAUACAGCGAACUAUGCCGUUGAGGAGCGAUCGAUACGAGUAGCGUCACGACUUAUACAACUUUGUGAUAACUUCGACAAAGAAUUGUUCCACGUUUUUUUCCAAAGUUUCUAA